CUUCACAAUGCUGAGGCGUCCUUCCUAUCAGCUCCCGGAGGGUUUUCGGAUUGUGCCCAGGAGCGAAGACAGACCCAACAGACUUUAGAAGUCGUUGCAGAUGGCUUUCAAGCUUACAUUUGCCGUCUUGUGGAGAAAGUACCCCAGCAACGUUGCCUCUCUUGGCCAGAGACUGAGCUCCUUCAUACCAGGCGUCCUCAGCCAGUUGCUGGUUGGACGAGCUGUGCUGGAAGCUCAGGCAAAACUCAGGCUGGAGUGCUUGCAGAGAUGUGAAGCAAGACAAGAAACCCAUAAAAAGUGGCUUGAAGGCAUAAAACAGGAAGUUUCCCAUUUGGAAGCCAAGCUUUCAGAAUGUGCGUCAGAGCAAGUGACAUCAUACGAUGAAUGCAUCACCCAGCAGGAAAGAGCUAAGGUUCUGACAGAAUACCUUCAAGACCUGGCUGGGAAGAUGGCCGACCUGAGAGCUGGAUGUCCUCUGCAGGGUUGCGGAGUUGGAAAGGACGGCGAGCUUGGCGCCCUCUGGAGGCGCUGGACGUCAUUACGACGUGGUGUUGGCGCCCUGUUGGCUCACACGGAACAGAGGGGAGAGGAAUGGAUGGACGUCACGGCAAGUAUGGAGGAAAGUUGGAGUUUUUUGGAGGGCCUUCAGGCUGAGCUUCCAGACCCCUCCACUGUGAGUUUCUCUCAGGACGAGCCACAGGAGCUUCUGGCUCUGGUGGAGCAGCACCAGGCUGGUUUGGAGCAGGAGCAGGAGGCCCUGUUGUCCCUUGAACGUCAGCUGGAGCACGCUUCGGGGUUAUCCUUUUCCCAGGGUUCCAGUAUCCCUGGACCCAACGGCAAAGCACUGGAGAAGAUCCGAGGGAGCAUCAGGAGCUUGAAAGAGAGAAACCUGCUUCUCAUGGCUGCAGCAGAGGGAGAGGAGAAAGAAAGGCAGCAAGUUCGAGAAGAAAUAGAAGAUGUUGAGAAAAAGCUGUUUGCAGAUUUACCAGAGUUGGAAACAAGUUCAAAUCCAAGCAAGAUACAGCUGCAAGAAAAGGUUUUAUCCCUAAAGAGCCAGCUGAAACAUAUCACGGACAGCCUGGAGAGCCGAUAUGCAGAAAUCCCGACUUGGAUCGGAAAGAAGAUGCAAAAUGUUGGACAAUCUGUACAGAAAGCAGAAGAAAUGCUUUUGGAGAGUGACAGCCCAGUUAGGAAACUUUCCCAAAGAGUGAGGGAGCUGGGUUCUGGUCUGGACAGAGUAACAGCCUUAUUGGAGCAGAAAAGUCCAACAAUUACAGAAGCCCAGGAUGUCCUCAAGUGUGUGUGGGAUGAACUGGAUGCAUGGCACAGCAGCUUAAUGUUGCUUGAGUGUGAAGUGCAGGACCUCGCAGAGGACCAGCCUGAUGAUGCCCAGCUUCUGAUGGACCGGCUCACAGAACCAUCCCAGCUCUACCAGAACGCAUCCCGGAUGGCUGAGAACCGCACCGCCUUCCUCAGCAAGAUUCCCAGCUGCCUCCAGGGGUUUGAAGACAUUUCUCACAGAGCGUCUGGCUGGCUAGAUGAAGCGCAGUCAUGGCUCAACACCCCCUGCAUGUUUACAACGGCCAAAAGUCUCCACAAUCAUGUCAAGUAUUUUCAGUUGCUCCUGGAGGACUCCGAGAGGAUCAGAAGCACCCUGAAGGUCUAUAAAUCAGCGCUGGCAGAGAUCUCUGCCGUGUGUGACAUCAGCGCGCAGGAAGAGAAGCUGGACCAAAGAGACCAACAGGUUCAGGAAAUGCAACAGAUCGUCGUUGAGCCGCUCGAUCAACUCCGGGAGGCUGCUGCGAUAGUGGAGGUGGUUGAAGCUGACAUUAAAGCCAUGGAGAAGAACGUCUCAACUAUCAAGACCGUUUUACACUCGAUGGACAAUGCACAGAUUACACAAAAAGAACAUCUUCAACACUGCGAGGUGAUCCUGACCCAGAUUCAGUCAAUGCAGAAGAGGUUGGAAGACCUGGAGACCUGGAAAGAGGAGAUCCACCUCCCUGAAGGAACUGAAAACCUUGUGGUCUUCUCCAAAGCCAGGCUGCUGGUUGACCAGCUGGACGAGGUGGAAAAAAUCACCAGGGAGCAAAUGUCUCUGCUGGAGAACAAAAGGGAGGAAGAAACAACUGAGAAUCUUGAUAUUAUGUCAGUCUCUGAUCGUCCUGAAGAGAUGCUGACCCUGGAGAACCCUGCACAUAGACGCUUUUUCCAGGAGGAUUUUGAGGUGACUUAUUCAGACAAAGAAGAGGAUGAGGGAGAUGAGAGUUGUCACUCUUCUUCCUCUGACACACUAACAGGCAGUAUUCCAGAGGACCUGGAGGAGAUGGUUAAACUUUCCGAUGAACAAAGGGAGGAUAUGUCUGAAAUCAAGCCUCAGGAAAUUGUGAAGGAGAUGGAGGGCACAGCUCCUCAAGCAGAAAACUGUUCAGAAGAACCUGCACCGAGUGUUUUAGGUGUGAAGCCUGGGCUUCAUGACCACUUUGGAUCUCAGAAUACUGGAACCGGAUCUUCUAAAGUGGACUUAAGGGCAAACGUUUGUCAAAUCGUUGGUCUUGAAACUGUGACAAAGGAUGAGCUAACGGAUAAACACGUUACAACAACUCCAGACGUACAAGAAGCAUCAAAACAGGAAAUCGUCGACAUCAGUCCUCAAAUGAACUCGUCUUUGGUGGAAGCGACAGCGGGAGACACGAGGCUGAUUCCUUCAAGACCCAUAACUCCGUUUUGUACCAAAAAAGCAUCAGAUGAGCUCAGAAAGGAGGAGAAUGACCUUCUGUCUCUGUCCCCGGCUGACAUUUCACAUCCAGACACCCUAAGCAGGCUGAAAGAGCAAAAAGACGUCAGCCCAAGUCUCUUUAGUGGUUUGGCAGCAGCUAAAAAACACGAGGAGAUUCCAGAAGCAGCAACUGGCUCUCUUAACCACGAAGAUGAUGAUGUGGAGAAUCAGCGGCAGGGAAUCCAAUGUACUCAAAUCUCCAAAAAACGGAGCUCUUUGAAAACGGUGUUGGAGGCGCAGCAAAACAGGAUCAGCACACAAGAUGGAAGGAAAAUGAAAACGGUUCCAGGAGAAAACUCGGCGUCAACAGGAUCCGCUUCAUCAGCUCUACAGCAAAUAUGUGACGCCAACGCUUCGCUCCGACUAAUAUUAUACGAGGUGAAGGCCUCAGGUUCUUCUCCACCAGGGCUGAAGAAGAGGCUGCAUGAAGCAGCGCAGAGGGUCCUCCUUUGUCUCGACUCAUCCGCCGACCUACUGACUCAUGAGGAGACCUUAGCAGGGGGUCCUGAGCUGAGGCUGCUGCAGCAGGAGUGUUUAUCAGCUCAGCUGCUUACUUUGACUGAGCUGCUGACUGACGUGGAGUCGCAGGUCAAAGCUGCUCUCCCGGCAGAUCAGUCGGAUGCUCACAGCUGUCUGACGUCCCUUCAGGAUUGUCGCCAUAAGGUGGAGCUCCUCCUCGCCUCCUCCCGCGAUCAGCCCAUCGAGCCCUCAGGAGCGCACAACCAACAUCAGACGCUCCCCGCCAACGUAUCAUGUCUCCUGGAUGCCUUUGACACGGGAGACUGGGAGAUCUUCCCAGAUCUGAACGGUUCUCCCAGUUUGGAGUGUGCGCUGGGCGGACAUCUGAGGGCGAGUACAGGGGGAAAGGAGGAACUACAACUCUCCUCUCAAUCCUUGCUUCAGGGGAUGUCUCGCCUCUUGAAACAGGGCGAGGAGAGUUUAACAGAAAAACGGACGAGCCAAAUUCCCAACCGCAGCAAACUUCAAGCCGUUCUCUGCAGACGCAAGAAACUCCUCCAGGUCCUCGGAUCCCAGCGGUCUUUUCUUCAGUAUCUAUUCCAACGUGAACCCAAUGCACUUGAGAGCCAAAAGGAUGAAUGGGUACAUCUGGAAGUCAGGGCCAAAGCUCUGCAGCAGCAAGUUCUGGAGGAAGAAAUCGCUUCUCAAAGGAGGCUUCAGGACUGGAUCCGUUGGGAGCGUCGUUGUGAUGAACUUGGCAGGGUGCUGGAUGAGUCUGAAGCCUUUAUUAGCAGCGGAGAAUCUGAGGGAGGCGAUGAGGAUGAGAUGCUGGAGCAGAGACUGCAUGUCUGCAAGCAAACCCUGCUGCGGCUGGAUGAGAGCAGGGCCGUGUUGGGAGCGCUGCAGGAUCUCAGGGCGGCGAUGCAGGCAGAGCCAUGGUUCGCUAGCACGGUCGGGCCGGCAGGGGGCGCCCUGGAGCUGCGAUGGAAAGCCGCUUUCAGGCGGACAGAGCAAGAGAUCACGCGCCUGAGGAGGAUCCAGGAAGGCAGGGCCAGAUUCCAGGCUGACUUUACUUUGGUCAGUGAACGUCUGCUCGGUGCCAGCAAACACCUGAAGACUUUGUCAGACCUGGCGGAUUCCUCAGACCUGAGUCAGGAGUCUGUUCAAAGAAGUUUGCUUGAGCUGCUGGACCUCUCCAUGGAGCUGGAAGCCACGUCUGCGCAGAGAGAGUCCGUCUCCAAGGAGGCCACUCGACUUCUCCACCUGAGGGAAGCCGAUUGUCCUGGACUGAGAGGACAGAUCUCACAGCUGGAGGCCAACAGCAGCCAACUGACCUCUGACCUCAGCAAGACGCUGGAGCAUCUGCUACAGCGUCUGGUGGCCGCCCCGCUGCCUGUAAAGCUGCUGUCUGAAGUGGAGAACUGGCUGAAGCAAAUGGAAACUCGGCUGCGCCAGGAGAAGGAAGGAGUCCUCAAGGCCGAGAACGCCGCUAAGAUGGCUGAAAUCUUGCAGCACUGUCAGGCGUUAAGGACACCGGUGAACCGUUGUCAACAACUCCUGGAUUUCAUGUCGCAGCCUGGGUCUAAAAUGGCGGCAGCAGACGUCCAGGCUCACCGCUUGGAGCGCACAGCCUUCGCAGAGAACCUCGGGAGCGUCAGACUUCGAUGGCUGCUCCUUCAGCGGGAGCUGGACAGCCAGAUCCAUGAAGUCGAACGCAUCCAUCACACUUGUGCAGAACGAGAGAGACAUCUGCGGAGACUUCACGGCUGGACAGAACAGCAGAAAAAGAGGUUGAAUGAGUGGAAACGGCCCGCCGGCCAAACCGUGGCUCGCUCGGCUCUCGUAGACUGGGAGGCUGAGGUUGGCAGAAUCAAGGAGGUUUCCGCAGCUCUGCAGGAGCUGAAGAAAGCACGAGCACAUCAUGAAAAGGAAGAGAAGCUCCUGUGUGAUGUGAUCUUCUCUGACCAAGCAGAGAGUGUGAGCAGGGCUUGUGGGGAUCUUUAUCAACAGAUGGAAGAUGUCAGACCAGCUCUCGGCCAGACUGUGGAGAAGUGGACAUGUUUCCAAAGAGCUCUGGGAGAAGUUGCUUUGUAUACCACUAGGGUGUGCUGUGCCCUGCAGCACCAACACGGGCCUUUGUUCACUCUGCAACAGGCUGAAGGAUACUCAGACCUCCUGCAGGACCUCCAGGCGAAGGUGGAGGCGGAGGGAGAACAACUUUGGACGGCUUUGGACAAAUCCCACAAGAGGCUUGUGGAGACUCUACAGGAUGGAUCGGCGCAGCCACUUAGCGAACAAGUAGAAGAGCAGCGAAUAGGGUGGAAGGACAUGCUCCGAGAGAUAGGAGAGGAGCAUAAAAAGAUUAGUGAGAUAUUCUCACUCUGGCGUGAAUACGCUAACCUUUCUGAGGGCUUUUCUCAUCGCCUGCAACGCCUGAGGAGCGAGUGGGAGGAGCUGUCAGGUUCUCCUUCUGAAAAUGAGCCAGACGCAUCCGUUUGCUCACUCGAGAGGUUGCAGGCGGCUGCAGAUGAGCUGCAAAGCAAUGCAGGAGAUGUACUGGCAGCCUCCAAAGGUCUUCUUGGACGACUCGCACCACUUCCUGCCGAUUUAAUAAAAUGUGACGCAAGAUUGUUGACUCGUGAUAUCCUGCUGCUGAACCAAGAAAUUUCAGGAAAAAAGAAAAGUCUUGAGGAGGAUUUGGAACAAAAGAGCCGUGGCACACGUGAUGCAGACACUUUACAGCAGGCCCUUUUGGAGUUCAGCGAUGUUUCAUCACUAGUUGACAUUAAAGAGAUGAGCGGCGACAUAACCAUCGACAACGAGGAGAUGGAGAUGGAGAAGGCUCUGUCACUCAACAGGCCGGUGGUGAAAACUCAGGAAAAAGAGGAAAAUGAAGUUUUGCAAGAUAAGCUUCAGAGCUCCCUUGACUUUCAAGAAAAAUGUGAAAAACUGAAAUCCAUCCAGGAGAACCUGGAGCGAGAAUCAGAAUGCAGAAAAGAUCUGAGUUACUCGAACCUUCAAGAGAUGCUGGCUGCCCAUCAGAAGCUUCAGGCGGAGGUCGUAAAUGGACAUCAGCUCCUUCAGGGUCUUCUCUGUGACGCGGUCAAGUCCAUGGAAAAAGAGACAGAGGAGAAAAGAUCUGAGCUUGUGGUUCGAGUGGCCUGUCUGAAGAAGAGCUGGUCCAGUUCCGUGGCUCUAGCUGCACACAACUGGACCUCCACAAAGCAACAUCUGCAGCAGUGGAAAAUAUACCAUUACGGCUUGAAAUCUCUGAAGAAGCUGUUUAGAGAGAUGGGCUCUUUUCUGCCCCCUACAGGACCGUGUCUUUACACCAUGCAGCAGCUUCAGAACUGCACAAAUCUUUACCAGCUCAUUGAAGAGUCUCUAGAGCUGCACUCGUCUGUUUACACUCGGACUGUUGAAGCUGGGAAACAUUUGAGCGAAAUCGUUACGGAGUCAGAGAGUCGGAAUCAACUGCAGUCAGAGCUUCGGGAUUUGCAGAAAGUCUGGGAGCAAACUGCCCUCCUGCAAAGAAGGAAUAAAGAUCUGGUUAAUAGCACUGUGCAGAUGUGGUCUCGGAGUCGGGAUGCCGUUAGCACCAUCUUGUCUGGACUGGACAAGGUGAGCGGUCUGCUUGCAGAAAGGCCAGAAGACUCAGAGGAGGAGGCGCGUAUCCAG